AUGAAUGCCCAGGACGAAAAGAGUGACUACCCCGUCGCCAACUUUGAGGAGCCGGCUGGGCGCCAGCGUGCUCUCCGCCGUUUGCUUUGGAAGCAGGAUCUGCUCCUCAUGCCGCUGCUAACGGUCACGUUAGGACUGCAAUACUACGACAAGGCCGCUCUCGGAUCCGCCGCCGCCUUCGGCAUCCUGAAAGACCUCCAACUGCAGCACAACGGCACGACAACACGUUAUGCAACAGCGACAGCCUGUUUUUACUACGGAUACAUUGUUGCGGUGCUUCCCGGUGCCCUGCUCUUCGCACGCCUGAACCUGCGCUAUGCCGCCGGCACAGUGAUCACGCUUUGGGGCCUGGUCGCCAUCCUCACCGUCGUCGUGACAGACUACAAGGGACUGUAUGUGCAGCGCGUCUUCCUGGGACUGCUCGAGAGCGCGGUGUCACCAUGCUUCGUAGCCAUCACAGCCUUGUGGUACAAGCCGCAGGAGCAGGCGAAGAGAAUGGGCAUCUGGUACUCGGCCACGGGCAUUUUCAGCAUGUUCAAUGGUCUCAUCAACUUUGCCCUCGGAUCCAGCGGCGACGCCCACGCUUGGAAGUACAUUUACUACUUCUGCGGAGCCGUUACCAUGGCGUGGGGUCUGGUCGUCAUGGCCCUGCUGCCUCCCUCGCCGCUCCAGCCCGGUCCCUUCUUCAACGAGACUGAGCGUGCCCUCCUCCGGCGGCGGUUCGAGGAGAACCCCUUCGCGCGAGACCGACAGCCGCUGAAGUGGAGCCAAGCGCGCGAGGCGCUCCUCGACAUCAAGACGUGGCUGUACCUCCUCGUCGGUGCUCUGGUGUAUCUCUGCAACGGCGCCGUCACCGCCUUCGGCACGCUCAUCAUCAAGUCGCUCGGCUACAGCGGCCUGCAGUCUGUCGCCCUCACGAUCCCGGGCGGCGCAGUGACCUGUGUCACGAUCUACAUCUUCACGGCGCUCGCGGACCGUUUCCGUGACUCGCGCACUUGGCUCUUCCCCAUCUCCUGCAUCCCCGUUGUUGUCGGCGCUAUUGUAAUCUGGACAGCGCCGUGGCAUCCCACCGCCGGCCCGCUGAUUGGGUACUAUCUCGUCGCAUCUUUCGGCGCGCCGUAUGUGCUUCUCCUCGCCCUCGCGUCCGCCAACACGGCCGGCAGCACAAAGAAGGCAGUCACAAAUGGCGCCAUCUUCGUCGGAUACAACGCCGGCAACAUCGCCGCAAGCUACACGGUCAAGACGCAGGAGGCGCCGCAGAAGUACAAGUCCACUUGGAUCACCGUCAUUGUGGCCAUGGCCGCGGCGAGCAUCCUCAUGCUCGUGCUCCGUUUCCUGAUCAAGAGGCAGAAGGAUGCGAAUGACGCCGAGGAGCUCAGCGACGACGACGUCGUCAUGAAGGUCGAGGAGUAUCAGGACUUGACGGACCGCCAGAUCCGCGGAUUCAAGUACAGUUUGUAG